AAAAUUGACGAUUGAAAUUGAAUUUCGACCCAAAUGUGGAGCUUGAUCCAGAGCACCCAAUGACAAUGUUUCCCACUUUGAUAAGGAAGUUUCUUUUCUGAGACAGCUAGACCUCACCAUCUGCAAAGACCCAGUCAGUCAUUGCAUUAAUCUCCAGUCUCCAACUUAUCAGAAAGAACACCAAACUUUGACCCCCAAAAGAAAUGCAUAUGGGGGGUGCAUCAUUUGCAUGCCCACCAUGAUGUCGUUCUGUUUUUGAGAAAGCUUCGUACUGCCAUUGAUCAAUAACGGGGCCCAUUGAUAAAACAAUGAGCUUAUUUUUGUCACUCGGGGUGAAGCAAAGCUUGGUUGUGUAUGGUUAAACAGUCCGAACUAUGCAAAGAAACGAGCACCGCAGUAAAGAUUAAAGCAACAAACUCCAUCACCAAGAAUGCAAAGAAGCAAACGCAAGCAAACCAAAGGGUGUUGGACCAUGUAAGGAUUCCCAUUUUCAGCAAUCACCGCAUUAGCCAAUGGUGAUAUUUAUGACUAUCUGAGUCAGAAGUCCGUGUUGAUAAAUUAUGCAGUCAACCCCAUAAGCACUUUAACACAUUUAACACCGUUAACUGUUCGCCUUUAAACCCCAACGCCGUUAACUUCCACAAUCCUACUUCACCAAUCUAUGAACUUUGCAGUCCCUCGGAGAUAAAAAGAAGACCUAGUAACCACUCCUCUUUCUCUCCCUCGCCUCGCACCCAUAAAGAUAAAGUCAAGCAUAAUACAAUUUUUUCGCAUGUCGGCCUUCACUGUGCCCCCCCUCCUUUCUUCUCCUCUCUCUCUGAGCAUGGAAUUGCAAAGAAGUGCAAAAGACGUCGAUGCUUGAAGUGAAGAAAUGGAAGUUUUUGGCAGAUUGUUGCUUCUCUUUUCCCUGGUGGUAGCGGUACAAUCUACGUGCAACAGUACCGACUACGGACUGGUUUCUAAAGUUUUUAAAUCUGUCUCUGGAUUCAAUAUCUCUUGGUUGAAAUCCCAGGACGUGAACUGCUCAUAUCCUCCAAUAAAGGUAUUGAAGCUUUCUUCAAGGAAUUUGACUGGUAACGUUUCAUGGAAAUUUCUCAGGAACAUGUCGCAGUUGCACACGAUUGAUCUCUCCAACAAUUCCCUUCAAGGUUCCGUUCCAGGUUGGCUUUGGUCUGUUCAUACGCUGGUUGAGGUCAAUCUGUCCAAAAAUAAGUUUGGAGGGACUAUUGGGUUUGAACCCACCUCGGGAAAUGGUUCGUCUUCAUCGAUGCGGGUGCUAAACCUUUCAGCUAACAGGUUCACCAACUCGGUUAAACUCUCUGGUUUUUCCAAGCUUCAAUUUCUCGAUCUUUCGCACAAUGAUCUUGGUACUGUUCCCUCUGGGUUCACCAAUCUUACCAAGCUCGAGCACCUUGAUGUUUCAAGUUGCAAGAUUUCCGGCAGCAUAAAGCCCAUUUCAGCUCUUCAUUCAUUGAAGUACUUAGAUGUGUCAAACAACUCCCUGAAUGGUACUUUCCCUUCUGAUUUCCCUCCAGUCAAUAGCCUAAAGUUCUUAAACAUUUCGCUCAACCACUUCACCGGUUCAGUUGGCUUUGACAAGUUCCAUAGAUUUGGCAAAUCUGCUUUUAUUCACGGUGGAAAUUUCGUUUUCAAUACUUCAAAAAGAACACCAAGCAAUCACUCUAGAACUCACUCCUUGACCCCAAAUCACAAAGUCUUUCGCAAACAUUUACCCCUCAAAACACACAGAAAAAAACAUAAAGCCAACUCAAAGACCAAAGCUCUGGUCAUUGGUUUGUCAUGUGGUUCAGGGUUUCUUCUUGCUUCACUCGUGUUUUGCUUCUUCUGUACAUAUAGAAGAAAAAAACUCGCGAGGAGAAACAAAUGGGCAAUCUCCACACCGGUUCAACCAAAUUUCAAGAUGGAAAAAUCAGGGCCAUUCUCUUUCGAGACAGAAUCAGGCUCAUCGUGGGUAGCAGACAUCAAAGAACCAACUUCUGCACCAGUGAUCAUGUCCUCCAAACCAUUGAUGAACUUGACCUUCAAGGACCUGAUUGCUGCCACGUCACACUUCGGCAAGGAGUCCGUACUCGCCGAAGGCAGAUGUGGACCCCUUUACAGAGCUAUCCUCCCAGGUGACCUCCACGUGGCAAUCAAAGUCCUUGAACAUGCCAGAGAUAUUGAUCGUGAUAACGCUAUGGCCAUGCUUGAAGACCUUUCCAGGCUGAAACACCCUAACCUGCUGCCUCUCUCCGGUUAUUGCAUUGCAGGUAAGGAGAAGCUGGUAUUAUAUGAAUUUAUGGCAAAUGGGGAUCUGCACCGUUGGUUACACGAGCUUCCAACGGGGCCAUCCAACGUGGAGGAUUGGAGCACCGACACGUGGGAAUAUCACCACGGAGCAGGGUCCCAGACUUCUUCGCCGGAGAAAACCAACUGGCUCACGCGCCACCGCAUCGCAGUCGGAGUUGCUCGUGGGCUCGCCUACCUCCACCACGUAGGUUCCAGCCAUGGCCACCUCGUCGCUUCCAAUGUCCUGCUGUCCGACAACCUCGAACCUCGGAUAUCGGAUUUCGGGAUUAGGAAUAUCGGGUCUAAAAUGGAAAGGGAUGAUAAAAAAGACGAAAAAAACGCGGAAAUGGAUGUUUAUAGUUUUGGUGUUGUGUUGCUGGAGCUUUUGACGGGGAAGCAGGGGACGGAGGAGAACGUGACGUGGGUGAGGAGGCUAGUGAAGGAAGGAGUCGGGGUCGACGCGCUUGACUCGAGGUUGAGACUCGGUGGUGAAUCAGAGACUGAGAUGGUGGAGAGUCUCCGAGUAGGAUACUUGUGUACGGCGGAGUUGCCUGGGAAAAGGCCCACUAUGCAGCAAGUUAUCGGUUUACUGAAAGACAUACAUCCAGCAGUUGAUUUCAACUGAUUUCAUGGGUAAAAAAGUAACAGCCACGCCCCAAUACUCUUCCGAGGUUACAAGCACGCGCUGUGAAAAUACAUGAGAAAUGAAAUGAAGUUAAUUUUUGGAAAGGACCAUGCCUUGGUGUCUCUCGAUUUGGAUUUUUUUGAUUUUUGCUUUUGCGGUGUAUAUAAAAGACAAGAAUUUAAGGCUUUAAAAAUUGAAAAAAAAAAAGAAAAAUGGGCCCAAAAGGAAAGGAAAAAUGAAAAAGAGAGAAAAAUAUAUAUAUACACAAAAGGAGGUAGGGUAAUCUAAAAGAGGGCAGAGAAUCCCACUCAUUGCUUGUCUCUUCUCAUGGGGACCCUGCAUCAUCUCCAUGCUUUUAAUUUCUCUUCUUUAUUCCUUUAUUUCAAUAUUUGAAAUACUUAUUUUAUGACUUUUCUUUA